UACAUACAAAUAUCAAAUCAUUUAUUGUAAAGAAAGCUCGCAAACACAAAAUAUUUGACAGACAGAUAAAAUAAGAGAUAUUGGAGAAACCCAUUUCAUGCAGAAUUAAACAGCUGUGACUGGACAAUGCUGUUUUUAUGUAUACAUCUCUAAAAUCGAACUCUUAAUUCUUUAAGUAUCCACUUUUUGGGGCCACUGUUUAUAACUUAUGACAUAUAAACCAAUGUUUGCGUGUAAAUCCAAAACACACACAUGUGUGUGACACUCAACAGAGUGACCUUGAGCGCGUGAGAAACUCGAACGUUUGGCCCACCCGGCUUGCCAUAGCGGCUGUACUCCUGGCACUGCAUGCACACCAAUGAAAAUACACGGAAUUUUCUGUUUUCACCUAAAGUGUCUGCCAUCUUUCUGCUUGGUGCAUGCAUCGCUCUCUCUGAGCAGCGGAUUGAGUACAUGCAAUUGACGCGCGCAGAGCCGGAGAGCACACAUGCAUGGCCGUCAUCCGGGUUGCAUUCUUGCAGCAGACGCCAGAGAGGGAGAGAGAGCUGCUAACAUCACGGUAAUCAAAGGUGAAUCCAGGACAGAGAGGAAAGACGCCGAUCUGCUGAUCUCCCGUGCAUGGCUUCAACGUUCGGCUCUCGGACACUCAGUAAAGAUGAUGUGAAUUAUAGAAUGCAUUUCCGCAUGAUCAACGAACAGCAGGUGGAGGACAUCACCAUCGAGUUCUUCUACAAGCCACACACAAUCACCCUGCUGACAUGCACCGUGCUCAGCCUCAUGUACUUCGCGUUUACGCGAGAUGACGGAAACCAUGACAACAACCUCUGGGUGGGUCUCAUCCUGGUCAUCUCGUUUUUCUUGGUCAUCAGCGUUCUCGCCUUCCCAAACGGUCCGUUCACUAGACCCCAUCCAGCAAUAUGGCGUAUAGUGUUCGGACUGAGUGUGCUGUACUUCCUCUUCCUCGUUUUCAUCAUCUUCCUGAACUGGGAGCAGGUGAAGUCUCUCAUGUACUGGCUGGAUCCCAAUCUCCGCUACGCCAAACGGGAAGCUGACAUCAUGGAGUAUGCGGUGAACUGUCAUGUGAUCACAUGGGAGCGAAUCCUCAGCCACUUUGACAUCUUCGCCUUCAGUCAUUUCUGGGGAUGGGGCAUGAAGGCUCUGCUCAUCCGCUCAUACGGCCUGUGCUGGACCAUCAGCAUCACCUGGGAGCUCACUGAGUUGUUCUUCAUGCAUCUUCUUCCUAAUUUUGCGGAGUGCUGGUGGGAUCAAGUAAUCCUGGAUAUCUUGUUGUGUAACGGCGGUGGCAUCUGGCUGGGAAUGACCGUCUGCCGUUUCUUAGAGAUGCGCACGUAUCACUGGGCCAGUAUCAAACACAUCCACAGCACCACGGGCAAGAUCAAACGGGCGGUUUUACAGUUCACGCCUGCCAGCUGGACGUAUGUGCGCUGGUUCGACCCCAAGUCUUCCUUGCAGAGGGUGACAGGAGUCUAUCUGUUCAUGAUCAUAUGGCAGCUGACAGAGCUGAACACGUUCUUCCUGAAGCACAUCUUUGUGUUCCCAGCAUGCCACGCUCUCAGCUGGUGCAGAAUUCUGUUCAUCGGUAUCAUCACUGCCCCCACCGUACGGCAGUAUUACGCGUAUCUCACGGACACACAGUGCAAACGGGUCGGGACACAAUGCUGGGUGUUUGGGGCAAUAGCUUUCCUGGAGGCGUUAGCGUGCAUUAAAUUCGGACAAGACUUGUUUUCCAAGACGCAAAUUCUCUAUGUGAUUUUGUGGCUCGUGUGUUUGGCUUUCAUCACAUUCCUGUGUCUGUAUGUGAUGGUCUGGUAUGCUGAAAACUACGGGCCCAGAGAGAAGAGCUUCUCUGAGUGUGACGACAGUUAUUACUCUGAGCCAGGUGAUGCCGUGUCUGAAUGCAAAGGGGAGUGUGAGAUGGACGGCACAACUUCCUCUUCUACCAGGAAACGGAGGGACUCUGGAAAUAAAACCAUCAACGGGAUGGAGAAAUAAGUCCGUCUCUGGAAGGCUUUGACCGCUUUUCCUCAGACGGGAGCGUUUGCACAUGUGUCACUCCUGUUAAUGGAGGGAACAUCAGAUGACUGUGAUUAUGAUGGGUGAGAUUGUCUCAGGUUUAGUCCGAACAUUUCAGAAGUCAGAACGGUUUGCAAUGCUGCGAAACACUUUGAAUAGGCAAUACUGUGUGUGUGGAGAGUUUAGAGGGCGAGCUCACUUUACCUGUUGAACCACAGAGACUGGUUAACCACGUUAGAUCCCGAGCAGUGCUGUGCAUCACCGUGUUCUUCAGUAGCAUGCGUGACUCGUGAGUGUUGCUACUUGUCACUGUAUUUUAUGUCACCGAUGUUUUCAACAGUGUAUUAUAUGCUAGCGAUUUCAAAUUAUGUUAUUCAUAUCAUAAUGUGUAUACAAAAGAUCAAGUCAACAUGAAAUCAAAAAUUACCCUUUUUACUUUCUUAAAACAUGUUCCUGGUCUUAUUGUGCAUGUUUCACCGGUGCAUGUGGUUUAAAAUAAAACAUCAUUAAAAUGUAAAUGUAAAGUUUAGGGAUGGUAAGAUUUUAUGUUUUUAUGUCUCUUGUGCUCACCAAGGCUGCAUUUAUUUGAUCAAAAAUACAGUAAAAUUGUGAAAAAUUAUUACCGUUUAAAAUAGGUGUUUUCUAUUGUGAUGUAUAUUAAAAUGUAAUCUAUUCCUGUGAUCAAAGCUGAAUUUUCAGCAUCAUUACUCCAGACUUCAGUGUCACAUGAUCCUUCAGAAAUCAAUAUGCUGACUAUCUUUUAUCUAACAUAAAUGUCUUUACUGUCACUUUGAUCAGUUUAAUAUGGAAGCUUGUUUCUGCCGUGAAAAAGUAAAAAAAGGUUGCGACUUUUAUCUCAAAAUUGCGAGAUAUAAAGUCAGAAUUGUGAGAUAUAAACUCUUUUUUUUGUGUGUUUGUGUGUUAUAAUGUCCAAUUGCGAGGGAAAUACGACGUUUUUUCUCAACUGCGAGUUUAUAUCUAACAAUUCUGAUUUUAUAACUCUCAAUUGCAUGAAAGAAACUCACAAUUCUGAGAAAAAAUCUGAAUUUAUAGAGUUUAUAUUGCAAUUCUGACUUGAUAUCUCUCCAUUCUGACUUUAUAUCACACAAUUCUGACUUUAUAUGAUGCAAUUUGUGAGUUUAUAUCACACAAUUCUGAGGAAAAAAGUCAGAAUUGCAAGAUAUUGCGAGAAUUGAUUCUGUCAGAGUUGCAAUUACCUUUUUUUUUAUUUAGUGGCAGAAACAAGCUUCCAUAAUUUAAUGCAUCCUUGCUGAAGAAAAGUAUUAAUUUCUUUAAAAAUAAUAAUCUUACAGACCCUAAACUUCUAAACGGUUGUGUAUAUCAGAUUACAGAAGCAAAACGGUUGCAAGCAUCAUUUCAUGUUGACUCUAUCUAGGAAAGGCCAGUACUCAAUCCAGACUUACUAAAUCUGACAUGAGUUGAAUGUUAUUCGGUUAAGCUGCUUUGAAGGAAUCGUGUUGGAGAUUGGAUGCAGGUUCAUUGGCCUGGACCUCAUAGAAGCACAAGGGUUUUAGCACUUUUAGUGGCUUCACUGCUGUUUUAACGUGUGACUUUUGUUUUUAGUGUUUCUGCUUCUCCAGUGACGUUCUACAGCUGCUGUCGUUUUAAUGUUCUCACCUGAGAGGCAUUUUUGGUUUUGCAUGUCUGUAAAAAAAAUUAUCUGUAUCGGUUUCUGUGGAAACUUGUUUCCACCACGGAAUAAAAAUAAAAAGGUAAUUAUGGCUUUUUGUCUCGGAAUUGGAAGGAAAAAAAAGUUGCAAAUUUUUCAUCUCGGAAUUCGGACUCUUUUUUUCCCCCUUGUUUUUAGAACUCGCAAUUGUAAGUUUAUAUCUCACAAUUCUGAAAAAAUAAAGUCAGACAAACUUGAGGGGGAAAAAUCAGAAUUGUAAGAAACUUGUAAAAAAAAGUUAAAAUUGUGAGAAAGUUAGAAUUUAAAUAAAAUUUAAAAAAACGAACCUUUUUUAUUAUCGCAGUCCCAAGUCUCACUAUUCAUAUUUUUUUCCCUCAAUUACAUGUUGUUGUUUUUUUAACUCGUUUAUAUCUCAAAAUUGAGGAAAAAUGUCAGAAUUGCGAGAUGAAAAAUUUGCAACUCUGACUUUUUUUCCUUGCAAUUUUUUCUUCAAUUUCUAGAGAUUCUCUCAUAAUUCAUACUUUUCUCUCAAUUGCGAGUUUUUAUAAGUCUGUAUAAGUUUUUAUAACUAUAUAAGUACUUAUAACUCGCAGUUGUACGUUUUUUUUUCUCAAAAUUCUGAGGAAAAGUCAGAAUUGCGAGAUGAAAAAUUUACAACUCUUUUUCUUGCGAUUCCGAGUUUCUCGCAAUUCUAACUUUUUUCUCGCAAUCACAAGUUUCUCUCAAUUUAUACUUUUCCCCCUCAAUUGUGAGUUUAUAUCUCACAAUUAUGAGAAAAUAGUCAGAAUUUUGAGAUUGAAAUGCUCAGCGUUCUAGCUUUUUUCUCACAAUUGCAAGUUUGUAACUCACAAUUCUGAUGUUUUUUUUUUUUUUUUUUUGUCAGAAUUGUGAGAUAUAAACUCAGAAUUGCAAGGAAAAAAGUCAGAAUUGAGAUAAAAAGUCGCAAUGACCUUAUUUUUUUUUUAUUUUGCGUUAGUUUAAAAUGAUCCUGAUCACCACACACCCUUAAACCAGUAUUCAAGCCUUUUUAGACUGACGUUUAACACAGAUAUCGUGUGCCUGCAUGCAUGUUUUAACAACUAUCACUUGUUAACUUUAUUGCUUUGUGUGUGUGUGUGUGUUGUGUACAUUAGUGUAUCUUCCUGAUAUGACAACUAGAGAGCAGUGUGGCCGAUGUAUGUAGUAUCAUACAAUUUAAAUGCAGUUAUUGUAAAAUACACAGACUGAAAUGUUUUGCACUCAAGUUUUUGUUUUCACUGUUUACUCGAUUCAAAAUAAUUAAUAAGUGAAAUUGAGCUGACGUUUCCGUUAAUCGCGUGAUUAUCAGCUAUGCCGAUAAUCUCAAAAUGUUAGUAGACUUAUCGACCUGGUUGAUAUAUAUUCUUCCAUUACUAGUGUUCAUAAUCCAACACCAUGUCCUGUGUGUUCAUCGUGUUCAGACGGCAUAGAGUUUUCCGUAUUAAUGUCCUACAUGACAAUCGUGGACGGUCGGAGCAUCACGUGAUGCUACAUAUCCAUUUGCCAAAACAUUUGUUUUGUGUCUGUUUAGUCACUGUGAAACAUUUAAAUGCCUUUUUGUCAUGUUUCUGAUUUGUACAUUUCACAUAAAUUGUAAAUGAAUCAGUGUUUGUCUUUUCAUUAAUAUUAAAUGACUAGUUUUUGGUGAAGAAUGGCACAAUGUGACUGAACUUUGCAGCUUUUCAAUAUAUGACAUUUGUUUGUUUGCUCAGAAUUUACAUGCAACUACUUGGGAUGUAACUGAACUUUAAGAUUAAAUUUCAUCUGUAUCUUGUGA